AUGACCGACAAUGCUCCAAAUGUUAACACGACAUCGUACGAUAUAAAUGAUGAGCAGAUCAGGCUACUCAGUCAAUUCAAAGAUAGAAUCCCUGAAGACGCCAAAUCGUCUCAAUGGAGUGACGGCACCUUGACACACGACGACAAUGAAUUCGUUCGCUUUCUUCAAGCUCGUAAAUGGGACUUGGAUGAAACAGAGAAGAUGUUUAGUGAUUAUCUCAAGUGGAGAAAGGAUUUCAAUAUCGACGAGCUCACGGAGACGUUCGAGCUCACAAAAGAGGAAAAGGGUGCUUUAGAUGAGUGGUAUCCCCAGUUCUUUCACAAAACAGAUAAGCUCGGAAGACCUAUUUACUACCAGCAGUUUGGGAGGCUUGAUGCAUCAGCUCUCUUCACCAAAAUAUCGCCUGAAAGAUUCACUCUCAAUCAAGUCAUUUCCAACGAGAGAUUGUCAAAAGAUACCUUCAGAGCGUGCAAAGAGGCACGCGGCAUUCACGUGUCUCAGACAGUCAACGUUAUGGACGUGAAAGGUAUCGCCUACUACCAGUUUUGGAAAAUCAGAGGGAGGAUUCAGUCUAUCAUACAGAUCUUACAGGACAACUACCCCGAAUUGAGCGGACCAAUUGUUAUUAUCAAUGCUCCAGCUGGCUUUAGCACUAUCUGGAAGGUAGUAAAGGCAAUGAUGGACCAAGCUACCGCUUCCAAGGUGUCGAUACACGGGACAGGUUACCAGGACGCGUUGAAGGAGCUGGCAGUAGAUGAGAAUCUGCCUUCUGAGUUUGGCGGUACUUGCAUUUGCUCACUCAAUGAACAUGAGAAGGAAGUACACAAUAGUCUCACAUCCAAAGACAAAUCCUCCACCUGCGCAAUCAAAGGACCUAGACCAACUUUGAAGGAGGUUUCAAGUGGAAAUCUUGAAAAUUUUGGUGUGGUGAGUAGAUAA